GUAUGUACAUGUAUGCCAAUACGUCGAGAAUCUUGAGUACAGCCAAAGCAGGAAAUUGGCAGGAAUUAAAACGGUUGGUUGAAUAUGGUGCCAAUGUUAAUGAAAAAGACAAUGACGGCAAGACAGUUCUUUGCUAUGUUGCAUCAUCUGGUUCACUAGAAAUGGUUGACUAUUUAGUUGAACUUGGUGCCGUUGUAAAUUGUAAAGACAACUGGAAUAAAACUGCUCUUCACUAUGCUGCUUGCUCCGGUUCACUAGAACUUGUCAAAUAUUUGGUUGAACAUGGUGCUGAUGUGGAUUGUGAAAAUGUUCAAAAAGAAACUGCUCUUCUUUAUGCUGUCUACUCUGGUUCAUUGGAUAUUGUCAAAUAUUUAGUUAACCAACGAGCAGAUGUAAAUUGUAAAAGCGAGGGCUAUAGCACUGUUCUAAGUUUUGCGGUGAGAACUGGUUCGCUGGAAAUGGUCAAGUAUUUAGUUGAGCAUGGUGCUGACGUAAAUUGUGAAAACAAUCUCACUGAUAAUCCUCUUCAGUGUGCUUCAAUUAUGAAUUCUCUAGAAAUAGUCAAAUACUUAGUUCAACAUGGUGCUUAUAUAAAUUGUAAGAACGAGUUGAGUAAAACUGCUCUUCAUUGUGCUGCUUCCGCUGGUUCAUUGGAUAUUGUCGAGUAUUUAGUGGAACAUGGUGCGAAUGUAAAUAGUCUUUAUCGCUAUACUGGUAAUGCUGCGACUGCCCUUCACUGCGCUGUUGUAUCUGGUUCAUUGGAAAUUGUCAAAUAUUUAGUAGAGAAUGGAGCGAAUGUAACAAGAGAAGACUGCUAUGGCGAGGAAACAGUUUUAUUUUUGGCAUGUUCCUCUAGAAACAGAAGUGAGUUUAUUGUUGACUAUCUUCUCGAACAUGGUGGAAUCAAAGACAUUUAUGACUACGAUGGUUCUGGAUGUUCUCUGUUAAGUAAAGCAUGUUAUUACGGCAGUACCGCCUUGGUUCGUACGUUACUGAAGUUUGAAUUUGAUAUACGAAAAGAAAUUGAAUUAAUAUGUGGAAAUGAAGAGAUCUUCAAUAUUCUCAAACUGGAGUUAACAAAGUCUAUUAAAAAUAGCGGGAAAAUUCAGAUUUUGAAACGCAUGAAUAACGAAAAUUUGACAAAG